AUAACAUCUAAUCACAAAGCAUUUAGAGAAUUAUCAGUCCUCAAACAUAAAAUCAUGUUCGAGUAAUACAAAAAUAAAUACCUGCUCUCCAAUAUAUGCGCAAUUCCCACAGAAAUGAUUCGCCUUCUUCUUGGUGUCUUCGGCGGUUUUAUUGCCCAUAUUGGGUUUUUCAUACGCAAUGAGUGGCAUAUGAGCGGUGCCAAAAUAAUCGUCGCCCAUUUAGCGCUUUGUUCAACUCUUGCAUAUGUUCUCAUCCAUAUGGAAGACUCAGCAGGCGCUGUCUAUCGCUCCUUGGCUACCUUAACCACUUGGUACCUCUUAUCGUUAUUCUCGAGCAUAUUAAUCUAUAGGGUCUUCUUCCACGCCACGAGAUCUUUCCCAGGCCCGAAACUAGCCGCUGUCACCAAGCUUUGGCAUGUAUUCCACGUUCGCGAUUCUAGGAAUUUCCUCUUCAUGGAGAAACUCCAUAAGAAAUAUGGAAAUUUUGUAAGGACGGGUACGAAUCUACCGCUUAACGCCGUUAUCCGCAUAUUGAUGUUAAAAUUUGCAGGACCCAACGAAAUUUCCAUCUUCCACCCGGCCGCCAUUCAAUUACUCGACGGACAGAACAAUGAGACUACCAAGGACGGUUGGUAUGAUCUUAUGCAUCCGCGGAGUUCUGUUAUCUUCAGCCGCGACCCAAAUGAACAUAAGGAGAGACGGAUGGUGUGGUCGCAGUCACUCUCGACAAAAGCUAUGGACAUACUGCGUCCUCGUGUAGCAGCGCAAGCCUUAUCAUUGUCCCAAUGUAUCGCAAAGUAUGAAGGUGGCCCCGUCGAUGUAAACGAGAUAAUGUCUUGGUUUUCUUUCGAUGUAAUGGCCGAGGCAGUUUUCGGAAAGGACUUCGGUCUUAUGAGUUCACAAGCCAUGCUACCAGCAAUUGGCCAUCGCGACAGAGCCUUGGCCCUUGUCGGCCCUCUGAAUGAUGCCAUUUGGAUUGCUCUACUCGGCUUUUCGUUGAUACCCUUCUAUGGGAGGGUACAAGAUUGGUUUCGCAUGGUCGCAUUUUGCGAUGAACAUGUGCAGGAGCGUCUAAAGCGAGGAGAGGAUGGCGAGAAGACGGAUAUGAUGGCUUGGUUCCUUGACGAAUACGAAUCUCUCAAAGGCACCAAAGACGUCCAGGCUCGACGUAAUCUCUUGAGCGGAUCAGUUGUUACAGCUGUUGUUGCUGGAAGUGAUACUGUCCGCGCCUCAUUGAUCGCCAUCUGGUGGUAUCUUUCAAAAUACCCCGAACACGCUAAAAAGAUUCGGUUGGAGAUCCAAAACAUCAGCUUCGACGAUGCGAAUGCGUUAUCUCUUCUUCCACACUUAAAUGGCGUUAUAAACGAGGUACUCCGCUUAAUACCGCCCGCUAUGACCGGUAACAACCGAAUGACCGGCCCUAACGGUUUGUUAAUUGAUGGUGUAUUCAUCCCGCCAUUCACCAAGGUUGCAGCGCCGAAAUACGUUAUUCAAAGAAUGGAAUCGGCAUUCAAAUAUCCAGACCAAUUUAUACCUGAGCGUUGGUAUUCUAGACCAGAACUCAUUCGCGAUAAACAAGCUUUUGCCCCAUUUUCAGUUGGAAACCGUCAAUGCGUAGGCAAGGCACUUGCCUACACUGAAGUCCGACUAUCAACGGCAAUUUUACUACAACGCUACGAUGUUAGUUUUACGCCGGGAUACGAUCCCGAAACCAUGUGGCGUGAUAUGAAAGAUCGUGUUACUGCGCAGCCAGGCCAAGUCCUCUGCGUAUUUAAAUCCAUGUAAGGAACAUGUAAGAUGAAGACAAAAGAUGAUGAUAAUCUCUUGUGUUUAACAUAGGUACAAAAAUAAGUGGGCUAACAAGAACCAAUCAUCACCGACUGCGGAAUUAAAGGGGGACCUUCAGGGAUGUCACGUGAUAUAGGUAGAAAUAGC